AUGUCGCUGCCGGUGGUGCUGCCGGGCUCCUGCUGCCCCGCGCCGAGGCUCUCCGCCGCGCCCCCCGCCCCAGCCGCGGCCGCCGCCGCCACGGCGGCGCCGCCUGACCCCUCGCUGCCGCCUCUUCGCGCCCGCUGCUGCCGCGCGGGCUUCCCCCCGCCGCGGCCGCGGCCGCCCGCGCUCUCCCCUCUCUGCGCCCGCCGUGCCGCCGCCGCCGCCGCCGUAGGGCCGAGGCCGGGGUCCGGAGCGCUGCCCGCCCGCCCGCUGCUCUCCCUGGGGCUGCUGCAGCUCGUCCUGGGCUGCUGCAUGGUGGCGCUGAGCUUCGGGGCGCUGUCGCUGAGCGGCUCGGCGCAGGUGAAGAACGCCUGUCCCUUCUGGGCCGGCUCCUCGGUAAUCUUAUCAGGAAUCAUAGGCUUAACGACAUGGAAGAGACCAGUGAUACUUCUGGUUAACCUGUUUGUUCUGCUGUCUGUCAUCUGUGUUCUUCUGAACCUGGCUGGAUUUAUAUUAGGAUGUCAAGGUGCUCAGUUUGUGUCCAGUUUACCCAGAUGUGAUUUGGUGGACACAGGUGAAAACAAGAUUUGUUUCUGCUGUGAAGAAUUUCAUCCCACUAAGUGCACAGAAAAGGAAAAUGUGUUGAAGCUAUACCCAGUGAAGUCAUGCAGUGCUGUUCACCUUCUUCUUAAGAAAGUUCUCUUUGCUCUCUGUGCCCUGAAUGCUCUCACCACAACAGUUUGCUUGGUAGCAGCUGCUCUGCGUUACUUACAGAUAUUUGGAAGAAGAAGAACCUGUGCAGAUGAUUCUCAGGUUUCCACAGAAGAAAUUGAAGAACAAGGUCACAUUUCAGAUCCUGAAGAUUUUGUCCCACCUGUGCCACCUCCGUCAUACUUUGCAACGUUCUAUUCUUGUACUCCCAGAAUGACUCACAGGAUGUUUGGCUCUGAUGUGAUUCCAUUACCACAUAUUUAUGGAGCUAGAAUUAAAGGAGUUGAAGUGUUCUGCCCUCUGGAUCCACCUCCUCCUUAUGAAGCUGUGGUGAGCGAGAUCAGCUGUGAACAGGAAGACACACCACAAGUAGGUGUGAUAGAAGUUGCAACUGAUUCGGUGAACACAGGUGAUGAGCAGGCCUCUGAAGGUGAAGAAAUUCCUAAGUCUUCCAGCAGAGUGAGCCUUUCAUCUUCAAAUGCAAACCCAGUGCCUGCAGAAAAGAGAGCCUUCAAUCCCCUACAGAAACGGUCCAAAAGUGAUCCCGUGCUGCACUGCCUACUGCUUCAAGGUCCAGUGCUAAGCUGUGAAGCUGCAACUCAAACUGAAUUAAAACCAGAACUUGAUACUGUCACUUUCCGGAAGAGUUUGAGAGCAAGAGCUUCGAGGGCGAGACCACGAUCUUUGAUAGACUAUAAGUCUUACAUAGACACUAAGCUGCUUGUGGCACGCUUCCUAGGGCAAUCCUCCUGCAGCAUGACCCCUGACAUACAUGAAUUGGUGGAAAGUAUCAAGUCUGUUUUAAAAUCAGAUGAAGAACACAUGGCAGAAGCUAUCACAAGUGCCACCUUUCUUGAGCAGGUGAUGGCCCCUGCCCAGCAAGCAGUGUCAUCAAGGACAUGUGUGCUACCUUUUAGACAACAACAUCAUCCUCAAUCGCUGCAUCUGGAGAGCUGUGGUGAUUUGAGUACUUUUACAACAGCUGGAAGUCAUUUAGCUGAAAGAAGGAUCCAGGGUCUAGACCAUGAACGGCCUCACAGUCUUAUUGGAGUUAUAAGGGAAACAGUACUGUGACUAUUUUAUCUAUCUAUCUCCCUUCCUCAGUAGAGCAUUUCUGGCAGACAUACAUACAUAGUUGCUGAACAGAAAAAUCAUUUCUGACAAGUAGGUGGAAGAAUGUGUCACUAAUCUAUUUUUCAAGCUCUCCUGCUCACACUCCUAAGAGGACGCUUACUCUGCAAAACCUCUUUUAAUCAGUUUCUAGUCGGCCUUUGAACUGGUCUAUGCAGAUGCAGCUACCAUGCUUGUGAUAUAAGUGUUCUUUUGCACUUCUGUAGUCUGUCACCACUUGGGAUGCAAAUUGUUUUUUGAUACUCAGUUUACAAGGGAUAUGAGAGAAUGGUUCUAUGCCUUGGUUUAUCUGAGGUGAGGCAAGAACAGUUAUGCAUGCAUGCACUUUGUAUCUCACGGAAGAAUACAGGCCAGAGUCAAUGCUUGUAUUUAUGUGGUGUAAAUUACUCGUGCUUCAUUAAUUUUUAGCAAUAUACUUCCUAGUAGAGGUGUUUCUUA